AUGGUGGAGGCAGCGAACCCGUUUGAGUUCUGUGACAUUGUCACCACCACCACCCACAAGAGCUUGAGGGGUCCUAGGGCCGGUAUGAUCUUCUAUCGUAAAGGACCGAAACCUCCCAAGAAGGGCCAACCUGAAGGUGCGGUGUAUGAUUUCCAAGACAAUAUCAACUUUUCCGUCUUCCCAUCUCUGCAGGGCGGUCCGCACAAUCACCAGAUCGGUGCUUUGGCCGUUGCUUUGAAACAAGCCAUGUCACCCGGAUUCAAGGCUUAUGCAAAACAAGUUAAGGCCAAUGCAGUUGCCCUUGGGAAGUACCUAAUGAGCAAGGGAUUCCAGCUUGUUACUGGAGGGACCGAGAAUCACCUUGUUCUUUGGGAUCUCACUGGUAUGACAGUUGAAUCACUUGGCUGUGCGAUUAUCAUUUUCGAUUCAAUUCUGAUCAGUUUUAUCAUUGUUCUUACAGGCAACAAAGUGGAGAAGCUUUGUGACCUGUGCAACAUCACUGUUAACAAGAAUGCCGUAUUUGGUGACAGCAGCGCAUUGGCUCCCGGUGGAGUACGAAUCGGUACACCUGCCAUGAUUUCGAGAGGCUUCGUCGAGAAAGACUUUGAACAGAUCGGCAAGUUCCUCCACCGAGCGGUUACCAUCAGCUCGGACAUCCAAAAGCAGUACGGGAAGCUUUUGAAGGACUUCAACAAAGGUUUGGAAAACAAGGAGAUCGGACAUCCAAAAGCAGUACGGGAAGCUUUUGAAGGACUUCAACAAAGGUUUGGAAAACAAGGAGAUCCAAGAGCUCAAGGCCGGUGUUGA